AUGCACAUCUGUGUCCUCAGUGUCCUGUUGUGCGGAGUCUCAGUGGCUCUGACGGUGUUUAAUGUGUCAGAAGAGCAUGAUCCGUGUCCUCUCGGUUAUUUCCCCUGUGGGAAUCUGAGCUCCUGCCUGCCGCAGCUGCUGCACUGUAACGGAGUCGACGACUGUGGAAACCAGGCAGACGAGGAUAACUGUGGAGACAACAAUGGCUGGCCUCAUCUGUUUGACAAAUACUUCGGGAUGCCCAGUAAAUACGCUGGAACCAAAUCAGCCACAUGUCUACUCGGGCUCGUACCAGUCGAGUGUCAGUGUAGGGAUUUGGAGCUUGACUGCAACGGUGCUCACUUUAAAGACGUCCCUACGGUAUCCACGAACAUCACCAUGAUGUCUUUGCAAAGGAACCGCUUGAGGAAACUGAAUGCUGACAUGUUCAUUAAGUACCAAAAUCUUCAGAAGCUAUACCUACAGCAUAACCGCAUCAAAGUGGUUGAACCCUAUGCUUUCCGAGGCCUUUACAACUUAACACGGCUGUAUUUGAGCCAUAAUCGGAUCUCUAGCCUGAUGCCAGGAGUAUUUCAGGACCUGCACAAACUGGAAUGGCUAAUUCUGGAAAACAACAAAAUCCACCACAUUUCCUCUUUGACCUUUUCAGGCUUGAGCUCCCUCGUGCUGCUGGUUCUUUUAAACAAUGCUCUGACUAAUGUGGAUGAUAUAUGCCUGGAGAUGCCACGAUUGAAUUGGCUAGAUAUGGAAGGGAAUCAGAUGGAGAUUGUUGACAAUAGAACAUUCUACUCCUGUAGCAUGCUUACUGUGCUAGUGCUUCAGAAAAACAGGAUCAGUCAUAUCCAUGAGCAGGCGUUCUCUUUGCUGCGCAAGCUGGGCGAGCUAGACUUAUCGAGUAACAGAAUUGAGAAAAUCUCACCUGAUCUUUUUAUAAAUCUGGGGGAUUUGCUGCAGCUGAAUAUUUCAUACAACCCAAUUCAGGAGCUGCUAAUGGACCAUUUUGACAAACUGCACAAGCUGAAAUCGCUAAGCAUCGAGGGCAUCGAGAUUGGAAACAUUCACAGGAGGAUGUUUGAACCUCUUAAAAACCUCUCACAUAUCUACUUUAAAAAGUUCCAGUACUGCGGCUAUGCUCCUCACGUACGCAGCUGCAAGCCCAACACAGAUGGCAUCUCGUCGUUUGAGGACCUGCUCGCUAACAUCGUGCUGCGUGUCUUCGUCUGGGUCGUGUCUGCCACCACCUGCUUCGGGAACAUCUUUGUCAUCUGCAUGCGCUCCUACAUCCGCUCGGAGAACAAGCUCCAUGCCAUGUGCAUCAUUUCCCUUUGCUGUGCCGAUGGUUUGAUGGGCGUCUACCUGUUUGUGAUAGGGGCGUACGACCUGAAGUUCCGUGGCGAGUAUAACCGCCAUGCACAGGCCUGGAUGGACAGCUUGCCCUGUCAGGUGGUAGGCUCCCUGGCCAUGCUGUCCACCGAGGUCUCCGUCCUACUCCUCACCUACCUCACCCUGGAGAAGUACAUCUGCAUCGUCUACCCGUUCCGCUACCUGACGCCCGGUCGCAGGCGCACCGUGACCAUCCUGGUGGCCAUCUGGAUCCUGGGCUUCGUCAUCGCCUUCUUGCCCCUGGUGUGUAAAGGAGUGUUCAGGAACUUCUACGGGACGAACGGGGUUUGUUUUCCUCUGCACUCUGAGCAGCCUGAGACUGCAGGAGCUCAGAUCUACUCUAUUGUCAUCUUUCUGGGCCUGAACCUCGUGGCAUUCCUCAUCAUCGUCUUGUCUUACGGAAGCAUGUUUUACAACAUCCAGAGAACAGGGACCCAAACCACCAAAUACAGCAACCACAUCAAGAAAGAGCUGACCGUGGCCAAACGCUUCUUCUCCAUCGUCAUCACAGAUUCCCUGUGCUGGAUACCGAUUUUCAUCCUCAAGAUCUUAUCACUCAUGGAGGUUGAAAUCCCAGGAACCAUCAGCUCAUGGGUGGUUAUCUUCAUCCUGCCCAUAAACAGCGCUCUAAACCCCAUUCUCUACACUCUGACCACACGACCCUUUAAGGAGACCCUUCUGCAGGUCUGGACCAACUACAGGCAGCGGCGGCCACUGCUCAGCAGCCACCCGGCCCAUCAUCCUUCGUUUACCUGGCAGGAAAUGUGGCCUCUUCACGAAAACAGCCAAAAUGUAGUGUCUCCAGAGUACCUCGCCCAUCCUUCUGAGAUGUCCUGUGCCUCAAGAACUACCUAG